CUCUGCGUGUUUACAGACCGAUUGAUUUGCUCCCUUUCUGUUGUUGUGUUUGUGUUUGCUGUGUUUGUUGUUGCUAUUGUAUUUGAAGACAGAGUAAUAGUUCUGCUACAGAGGACUACCUUGCCUGCACUGCUGAACUGCUCGUCUUUCGAGCGUGUAUCGUCGCUUCUCAUACCCUUCCUCACUCCAUAACCACACCAUGGACAGACGCAUUCGACAGCCUCUCCGUGUCCGGCCAGACGAGAAUGCUAUCGCCCGGCAGACCAGCCGAAUCCAGCUCAAACCCGUCACCACGCUUCCUAUCGUCUCCAACAAUGCCGACAAGCUGGGCCUCAAAGCCGGUGCAAAGCGCGUUGCUCUCGGCGACGUGAGCAAUGCCGUCAAGCCAGCUUCAAACAUCGCUGCUGGUGGAAAGCUCGUGCAGCAGCUGCCAUCAAAACAAACCGUGCAGCCGGUAUCGCGCAAGUCGUCUCGGACAGCACUUAGCUCGCAGACCAACGUCAACAGAGCGCACACCCAUGAAUCUCAGACGGCGGAUAUCGCCGCCCGUGACUCGCGCCAUCAUGUUACUACUGCUCAGGUCGCCGAGGUCUACGAGCGAAUGCACAAGACAAAGCAAAGCAGCAUUGAGCCAGAAUAUGAGGAAGACGACUCCAUUGCAAUUGUCGAAAAGGCAGUGAGCGCUGUGCAGUUUUCUUCUGACUCUGCUCUGGAUAUUCAUGAGCAGGAGGAGGCUGAAGUUGACGACACUAAAGAGCUUUUGGUUGCAAACACAUCGAGUAUUCUGAACAAUCUCGACUCUACAGAUUUCACAGUACAAUCAACCACCAACCCUGGUGCUCUAUUCCCAGUCAUCAGCGACAAGACCAGAGCAGAGUACGAGCAGGUUGCUAUCAAUUUCUUGCAGUCUGAAGAAGCAAAGGCUCUCGAACCAGACUAUGAAGGCGAUGAGGAUUGGUACGAUGUAUCAAUGGUUUCAGAGUACAGCGAGGAGAUUUUUGUAUACAUGCGCGAGCUAGAGAUCAAAUCUCGUCCCAACCCAGCCUACAUGGACAACCAGACCGAGAUUCACUGGUCGAUGCGAAGUAUUCUAGUUGACUGGCUUGUUGAAGUCCACAACCGCCUCAACCUACUUCCAGAGACUCUGUUUCUCACCAUUAAUUACAUUGACCGAUUUUUAUCGCUCAAAGUUGUUUCUCUUGCAAAGCUGCAGCUUGUGGGCGCGACCGCCCUUUUUGUUGCUGCGAAAUAUGAGGAAAUCAACUGUCCAUCGGUGCAAGAAAUCACAUUCAUGGUUGACUACAGCUACACAGCCGAAGAGAUCUUCAAGGCUGAGCGAUUCAUGAUCUCGCUGCUGGAGUUCAAUUUGGGAUGGCCAGGACCAAUGAGUUUCCUGAGACGAACCAGCAAAGCGGAUGACUAUGAUCUCGACACGCGGACGUUGGCCAAAUACAUCUUGGAGGUCACCAUCAUGGACGAGCGAUUUGUCGGGGCACCCCCGAGCUGGCUUGCUGCUGCUGCUCACUGUCUGUCCCGAAAGAUACUAAACAGGGGAGAAUGGACUGAUGCACAUGUGUACUAUUCUGGAUUCCUGCUUUCCCAGCUCAGACCGGCCAUGAACGUGCUGGUAGAGUGCCUAAGGACGCCCAAAGACCAUCAUCGCGCAAUCUACGAGAAGUACUCUGACCGGAAAUUCAAAAAGGCAUCUCUGUACGUGUCCGAGUGGAUCGCCGGCGUCUACAACUAGUCUUGCGGUCGACUUCUUUUGUGACGAUUUCCUUUGUUUGUGUUUUGUGAUCUUAUAAUAUCCAAAAAAUUGCAUUUUCGGCUCUAUCGCCGAUUUUCAUCCCGUUCCAAUGCUUUGCUUGAAGUUUCUCUAAUGAAUGUACUUUGUUAAUGUUUGUCGGUUUGGUCAAGGGCUUUUUCUUUCUUCACAUAUCUUCUUAUCAAUCUAUAUAUGCUAGAUGUUGUUGCACUCACUCAAUGUUUACGAUUUCCCAAUUAGUCACAGUUUAGAG